GCCUCCUCUGGACCCUCUGUCUGCUCAGAAGGAAGGAGACAGCAAUGGCUGCUAGGCCUCUCACACUUGGAGCUCAGGUGGGUAGAACUUUCCAGCCAGAGGAGUCCUGCUCUCUCUCUCCCUAAAAGGGCUCAUCAAAGAAGGAAUGGCUGUCAGACACCUGCCAACCAUGGUCCAGGAAUCAGUGACCUUCAAGGAUGUGGCCGUGUUCUUUGCCCAGGACGAGUGGGCACAACUGAGCCCUGCUCAGAGAGCCCUGUACAGGGAUGUCAUGCUGGAGAACUACAGCAACCUGGUCUCACUUGGACUUUUAGUUCCCAAACCAGAUAUGCUUUCUCUUCUGGGCAAAGGGGAAGAAUGGAUGCUCAAGGAGGCCUCAGGAGGCGUCUCUCAUGAUUGGAUGGCUAUACCUGUGAAUAAGAAAUCUACUCUCAAGGCAGAUAGUUUGGAAGAAGAAUUAAAUCAAUGGACAGUGAAGGAAAGAUUCACUGGUAAUAGGUACUGGAAGUAUGACAGUCUGUUAAAAUGGUGUCAUGGAAGACAGGAGAUAAAGUUACAGCAAGUAGUACUCACGCAUCGGGAAACCACCCUUGUGGUUAGUGAGCAGAAAAGUGAUCAGUCUUAUAAGGGCCACAUCAUGAGCUUGCCUUCUGUUCAAAGUCAAGGAUUUCAGCCGAGUCAAAAGGCCUUUGAAUGCAGUAAAUGUGGGAAAGUUUUCACUAAGAACGCAACCCUUACUAAACAUCAGAAAAUUCAUGCUGAAAAACUUAAUGCAAAUCAGAAAGCUCAUGUUAAAGAGAAACGAUACGAAUGUAGAGAAUGUGGGAAAGCCUUUCAUCAGAGUACACACCUUAUCCAUCACCAAAGAAUUCAUACUGGUGAAAAGCCAUAUGAAUGUAAGGAAUGUGGCAAGGCCUUUUCAGUGAGCUCCUCGCUUACUUAUCAUCAGAAAAUUCAUACUGGAGAGAAACCUUUUGAAUGCAACUUAUGUGGAAAAGCUUUUAUCCGAAACAUACACCUUGCUCACCAUCAUAGGAUACAUACUGGAGAGAAACCUUUUAAAUGUAAUGUAUGUGACAAAGCCUUUGUUUGUAGGGCUCAUCUUACCAAACAUCAGAAUAUUCAUAGUGGAGAGAAACCCUAUAAAUGUAAUGAAUGUGGAAAAGCCUUUAAUCAGAGUACAAGUUUUCUUCAGCAUCAAAGAAUUCACACUGGAGAGAAGCCCUUUGAAUGUAAUGAAUGUGGAAAGGCCUUCAGGGUGAACUCUUCCCUUACUGAGCAUCAGAGAAUUCAUACUGGAGAGAAACCUUAUAAAUGUAAUGAAUGUGGGAAAGCUUUCAGGGAUAAUUCAUCCUUUGCUCGACAUCGGAAAAUUCAUACAGGAGAGAAACCUUACAGAUGUGGCUUAUGUGAGAAAGCGUUCAGGGACCAAUCAGCACUAGCCCAGCAUCAGAGAAUCCAUACUGGAGAAAAACCCUACACAUGUAAUAUCUGUGAGAAAGCUUUCAGUGACCAUUCUGCCCUUACUCAACAUAAGAGAAUUCAUACUAGAGAAAAACCUUACAAAUGUAAAAUCUGUGAAAAAGCCUUUAUCCGAAGCACACACCUUACUCAACAUCAGAGGAUUCACACAGGAGAGAAACCCUAUAAAUGUAGUAAAUGUGGGAAAGCUUUCAACCAGACUGCAAACCUCAUUCAGCAUCAAAGACAUCAUAUUGGAGAGAAGUAAUAAUUGCCAUUUAUAUGGAAGAGUUUGAGAUAGAGCAUAUUAAUUAAGGAAUGUAAGAGAAUCUAUUCUAGAG